GUCAACUUCUGUACGCCCAAUUUACGGUACCAGUAUCCUGAUCUGCAAAAGAGAUGAAUGAACUGGAAAUAAGACAAAAAAAUAAAAUGAAACCAACAACAGUACGAAGGAUCUACCAACCGUUACCAUCACUGCCUACCGAAUUUCUUAUCGCAGGCCCGUCUAAAUUGGGAAAAAGAGCCAGAGCGCCGUUAAGCGGGGUUUACAUGUCCAGCGGCAAGUCCUAAUCGGGAUAUUUAAGCCUGAUUUCGGAGUAUUGUAGCCCAACCCCUACUUUUCCCGACUUGUUUCACUACAAUAUAAAUAUUCAAUCGGUCCUAUCUACAUCUACCACCAAUAGUCCACAUAUACCUCUUUACCAAUGCCCAAUAAAAGACCCGAGCCAACAGUGUCGGCAGAACACAUCGCUGUUGCCAACAGUGUCCAGAACGAUUACAUCAAGGGCACAUACAACGAGGAGGACUUCCAGAUCCUUUCGACCAUGAGAUACGACCCUACAUUGCCCGCAAGCCUUUCUGACCAUGUGCCAAAGAACAUUUCCGGUGAAACUACUGUGUUAAAGCCCUCCGCUGGUGCUAUUGCCUCAGACAAGUUUUUCUUGUUUGACGAACACGUCAAGCGGAUCAACUUCUCUCUCGGCUACUUCCAUUGGGACUACGAAUUAUCGGCACAGAUGCUUCUAGACAAGCUCAAUGCCGCGUUGGAAGUUGAAGAUGUCAGUAAGUCAUUGAAGCUACGGGUUAUGAUUGGAAACGACGGGAAGGUCCGCAUUGAAAUUCAUCCUACGCCAGAAUGCGACAACCUCCUCGCAGGGUUAACCACUGAGCUGACUCUUUGGGAGGUGGGGAUCGACAAGAACCCCACGGAUGUGACCCCUUUCACUUCUUUGAAGACCACGCAGAGAGACCACUACGACCAAUCGCGCAAGAACAGCCGGAUCGAAGUGGGCAUGAAGCGCGACGUGAUCAUCUACAAUCCGUCAAAGUAUGUCAUGGAGUGCUCGAUUAGUAACGUUGCGUUUGUGAGAAAACACGAAAACGCAGCCGGUGAAACAGUCGAGCGGUGGGUCACCCCGCCGUUGGUGUGCGGGUGUAUCUGCGGGACGAUGCGCAGUUGGUUAUUGAAGAAUGGCAUUAUGGAGGAGGAGCCAGUGAUGGUGAAGGAUAUCCGUGUGGGUGAGCCCGUGUUGAUGUUCAACGCGCUUAUGGGGGUGGUCAAGGGAAAAAUUGUCGCAGAAUUCAGUGAGAGCGAAGCUUGAGCCGUUCAUGGAGGGCCUCAUAAACCACGAGCUUACAAUAGCCGUUUAUACCAGUUAUUUAUUUUUACGUGUAAAAAAUCAAAAGUAAAGCAAAAUAUUUAAAUAUCCAAUGGCG